AUGGUCGAUAAUUGUGCGACUUGCGGUAAAGACGCAAGACUUACUUGCAAUGGCUGCCUCAAAGCACCAUCUUAUCUCGAUGACCCCGCACAUGCUACGAAGUAUUGCGGCGCAGAGUGUCAAAAGAAGCACUGGCCGACACACAAGAAACGAUGCAAGACGUUGCAGAAUCGCAAAUCUCUCUAUCGAGCAGCCUCGCUGAUUCAGGAGAUCUACUAUGUGACGCGACGUAGAACCUGGGGUGGAUUCAUAGAGAAGAUUCUUCGCGUCGACGACGAGACCGUUUUCGUCCACAUGUGUCGCGUACGGAAGGGCGACAAGAAUAGCUGGAUACAAAAGCCUCCCUACGGAAUGAUAGGUACGACCCUUCAGGACGAAUAUACGCUGCUAGCGAUGAAUGGUUGCCAAGCUGCAAUUGUCACAAUGGGCCCGAGCGUUGAGGUCAUAUUGAAGAGUGAACGAAAUUUGAUUAUCGGCAUGCACGAGUAUGAGGUGAGACCAAUGGGAAGGAAACUUUGGGACGUACAAGUCCGUCCCGAUGGAUCGAUCGAUCAAGCAAGAGCACAUCACACGGUUUUUACGCUUCAUUUGAGCUUGACGGAGCGGUAUGCCCUCGAUCUCACUCACGCUCAGUACGGCCACCAGAACGAUACAUUGACACCGUGGAAAACAUACCUCGACACUCGUGUGCAUUCAACAAUUGAUAAACCACGUCCUGUGGGCUACACAAACGAAAAGAAUAAAAUCAUAUUCGCCGAAAUUGAUAAUGGCGACUAUGCCACUAGGCAAGUCGCAUUCGAAGGCGUGCUCCGCCAAGCGGUCACCUCGGUGCCGCAAAAGGUCGAUGCGUGGUCCAAGAUUUGGCAAACCUCUGACGAAGCCGCUCACCAUCUCCAACGAGAUCGCAUCAUCGGCAUCGUGACUACGAGUUUUGACAAGUUCAUUGCCAGCACAGCAAACACACCUCUAUUUCAAAUCUGGAACUCACAAGCUAUGUACCGAGGUAUGGUCGCCAUGGGAAAGCGGGAAUAUGAGAACAAGGUGAAGGAUUGGGGCGAAGAUGGACGUGGUCGGCUUUACCCUCUCCUGGUUGACCUAGUCAAGAAAUGGCAAGCUUCCGACAAGAAAGGGGAAUGGGCGCCCAGGGAUGAGGGAGGACUACCAGCGGGAUUGAGGAUUGAUGAAUCAGGUCUGGAUGAUCCUUCGUAUCGGAGCGAGGCAGCCAAGGCGGUGGAGAAGGCCACAGGGGUGAAGCAGUCAAUUCUCACAAUCGAGGUUGGCGGUCCUAGCAGAUGA